GUUGCCCCAACGGCUCGCACCGUUAGCGGUCCAGCAACAAUCUCUUUCAUUUUCGCUCACACCAACAUACACACUCCAUAGACUGGAUUCUCGACUUUCGCAUCUCUCACUACUGCGCUCUGUGAGCUGCAUACAGGCACCUGCACGUGUUUCCGCAGGUCUCGACAACAACGGCCCCCCUCCCUCAGCGGAAAGCCUUGCAAGAAAUUUCUUGCUACGGGUAGAAACCCCCCCCGACCCCACCACCACCACACACACACGCCUUCCACCACCCCAAUGGACCCGCUCAGCUUCCACACCUCCCUUGAGGCCAUCAAAACGUUAUGUGCCAGCGAGGGACCGGCCCACAACAUCUUUAUCCCCAAGUUCGAGGCACGCACGCAAGCGGAACAGCUGCGCGACACGGUUCUCAACGUCUACCGCGAUGAGGCCUCAACCUUGGCCCUCCAGCAGCUGUGCCGGUGCCUCGUGUUCAUCGGCACCACCAUGAUGGAGGUGGAGGAGGAGGAGGACGGAUACGCGCAGGUGCGACGCGCCUAUCGCGUGCUGCGGUGGUGUGCAACAGCCGAACUGCCCUCCACAGACGCUGUGCGAGAGGCCGACGCGGUGCUGCAGGACGAUAUACUGAGCUGCCCGGCCUUUGUGACGGAGGCGUCCGGCUACGCCGCCUGUGCGGAGUUCACGGCGGUGCACAACGCGAUGGGGCUCUACCUCUCCAAUGUGGAUCUGAACCAGGCGAAGACUGUGCUGGACCGCGCAGAGACGCUUUACCUGGACUGGAACAAGUGGUGGUCGACGCAGCCGUCGCACUGCGACAUCACCGAAAUUCCUCUUGACGCGGACGGCACGUUACGUGUAAAGGAUAUUCCCGCUGAGAAGGUGCAGCCCGUCCUCCUACGCUACUACAUGGACGCCCACUACACCACGACACUGUUCUUCAUUGCCCAGCUGCACACGGCCCAGCACAACACCACUGCGGCCUCGCAGUACUGCCAUCGCACCAUGUAUUAUCAACUGCUGAAUCGACAGGAGUUUAAUGCCAAGUCGUGGGCGAGCAACGCACUGCAGCUCAGCGGCUUCUACAGCAGCCACUUUGCCUACGAGAAAGCUUACCACUGCCUCCUGGCUGGGCAGACGGUGAUGCCGGCCAGCGAGGAGCCGGAAGAGGCGAAGGGGCUUGUUGCCUGGGCUUUUGGGCGGUUCUACCUCCACCGGCUGCACCACUACGCGGGGCUUCGCACCGGCGAUGAGCCGAAGGACGACGACGUGGCCAACCUGGAAGAGGCGUGGCUGACCUUCCCCGGCAUCCCCCCGCUGCAGCCGCUGUCGCCUGUCACAACUUUCGAGGAGGCGCGGGAGUGCUUUAAGGAGGGCAUUAAGUGGCUGCAGGAGGCCCAGGCCUGCCGCCCGUUUGAGACGAGCUGCACGGAGCACAUCGACAUCGCGCGGGAUAUGGUCCAGCUGUACGCUGCGCUGCAGGUCUUCGAGCCGAGUCGGGCGCGACGCAUCGCGAUGAUGCAGCGCCAGACGCAUCUUCUUGAGGCUUUUCCAGAUCAGCUGAAUUUCAACGCCUACCCCGUUGUCGUGCGACAGCUGCUGUAUGACCUCGGCGGCCUCUACGAGGACCAGAUGCGUCUCCGCGUGCAGCAGCGUAAGCAGCCGCUCCCAGAGGAUAAGCCCCUGAAGGACAAGGCAUUUAACGAACUGGUGGCCAAGACGCUCGACUACUACGACUGCUUCUGCGAGACGUGGCGACACCCGACGACGCGUCAGAUGCCCGAGGUGCUGGAGGAAGAGUCUCGUCUGCCCUUCUUCCGGGCACUGAUGCGACUGGCGCAGGUGCAGCUCAGCUACGCCCACAGCACACCGAAAGCGGAGUACGACGGGAUCGGAGUGGCCUGCAAGGCCUACACGCGUGUCCUGGAGUUCCACGAAAAGAAUCCACUUCCUCCAGACGUCAGCGCACAGGUGUCGAAGGAAGUGGAACUUGCAAAAGAAAUGCUGAAGCUGCUGCCUGUGAAGCAGCGCGACUUGUGGGUGGCGUUUCAGCGUAGCCAGACGUAG